UCACCUACAAUACCAAAACCCAAAUAACCAAGCACAAAACACAUAAACCACAAAUACUUCCAUUUAAUUUCCAUCAAAACAUUUAAUAUUAAAAAAAUGGAUCUUCUCCUGUUGGAGAAGACACUUUUAGCUCUUUUUGCAACAAUCAUAGGCGCAAUCUUUAUCUCCAAACUACGUGGCAAACGUUUCAAAUUGCCACCUGGACCAAUCCCAGUUCCCAUUUUUGGGAACUGGCUUCAAGUUGGCGAUGAUCUUAAUCAUCGUAACUUGACAGACAUGGCCAAAAAAUUUGGUGAAAUAUUCUUGUUACGUAUGGGUCAACGUAACCUUGUUGUCGUGUCGUCACCGGAUCUUGCGAAAGAUGUGUUGCAUACACAAGGUGUUGAGUUUGGUUCGAGAACAAGAAAUGUUGUUUUUGACAUUUUUACUGGGAAAGGUCAAGAUAUGGUUUUUACUGUCUAUGGUGAACAUUGGAGGAAAAUGAGGAGGAUCAUGACUGUUCCGUUUUUUACUAACAAAGUGGUCCAGCAAUACAGGUACGGAUGGGAAGCAGAGGCUGCGGCUGUUGUGGACGAUGUCAAGAAGAAUCCGGCAGCAGCAACUGAGGGUGUUGUUAUUCGGAGAAGGUUACAACUGAUGAUGUAUAAUAACAUGUUCAGGAUUAUGUUUGAUAGAAGGUUCGAGAGUGAAGAUGAUCCGUUGUUCUUGAAGCUCAAGGCGUUGAAUGGGGAGAGGAGUCGAUUAGCACAAAGUUUCGAAUAUAACUAUGGCGAUUUCAUCCCAAUUUUGAGACCAUUUUUGAGAAGUUAUUUGAAGCUCUGCAAGGAAGUCAAAGAGAAGAGGUUGAAGCUAUUCAAGGAUUACUUUGUUGAUGAAAGGAAAAAAUUGGGAAGCACCAAAAGCAUGGACAACAACCAACUGAAAUGCGCAAUUGAUCACAUACUUGAAGCUAAGGACAAAGGAGAGAUCAACGAAGACAAUGUUCUCUACAUCGUUGAAAACAUCAAUGUUGCCGCAAUCGAAACAACCCUAUGGUCUAUUGAAUGGGGGAUUGCCGAGCUUGUGAACCACCCCGAGAUACAAGCCAAACUUAGACACGAGCUUGACACAAAGCUUGGACCAGGAGUACAAAUUACUGAGCCCGAUAUCCAGAACCUUCCCUACCUCCAAGCCGUGGUUAAAGAAACCCUGCGUCUACGUAUGGCUAUCCCACUCUUGGUUCCACACAUGAACUUACAUGAUGCCAAGCUCGGUGGCUUUGACAUCCCAGCCGAGAGCAAGAUCUUGGUCAACGCUUGGUGGCUUGCUAACAACCCUGAGCAAUGGAAGAAACCGGAGGAGUUCAGACCAGAGAGGUUCUUUGAAGAGGAAAGUAAAGUUGAAGCUAACGGGAAUGACUUUAGGUAUUUGCCUUUCGGGGUCGGAAGGAGGAGUUGCCCUGGGAUUAUUCUUGCAUUGCCAAUUCUUGGGAUCACGAUUGGGCGGCUGGUGCAGAACUUUGAGUUGUUGCCACCACCGGGAGUGUCAAAGAUCGAUACGAGCGAGAAAGGUGGACAAUUUAGUUUGCAUAUCUUGAAGCAUUCCACAGUUGUUGCUAAGCCAAGAUCUUUUUAAUAUUUCUUUAAGUUAUUUGUUGUAUGUUUGUGGUGUAUCAUUAUGUGAAUUACGAACUCCGUUUGUUUAACAAGUUUAUUAUGUGAUUUUGAGCA